AUCUCGUCAUAUCGCUCUCUUGCCGUCUCGUCAUAUCGCUCUCUUGCCCCUCGAAAUCUCGACAUGCACUUCACCUUCGACAUCCCCUCCUCUGCAGCGAAGGAGAUCCCUGCCGAGCUGCUGCUUCCGGCGUCCAGGCACAAUGUGACCUUCCCGAUCGGCAUCAUCCUCACCCACGGCGCUGUCGGGACACAUCGAACCCCGCAUCUGGACAUGCUGGCGCAGGUGCUUGCCGAAGAGGGCCUGCCGGUCCUGCGCUUCACCAACUGCGGCAAUAUCCACGGCCGGACCAGAGCCUACCGUCACGUUGUUGACUUUUGCACCCUGGACGCGGGCCGGCUGCUCAAAGCGGCCACAACCGACGUUUCGGUGCGGACCUGGAUCUUUGCUGGCCGGAGCUUCGGCAGCCGAAUCGCAAGCAUCCUGGGCGAACAGAGCCGCGGUCAAUGUCUGGGUACCCUGCUCAUAUCCUUUCCGAUCCUGUCGUCCAAGGACGAUGGCACAAAAGAGCAAGUCGACGACGAGGACGGCCGCCUGUCCUUGCUGCUGAACUCACAGGCUCGAGCCCUGGUUGUCGUCGGAUCCAAGGAUAAACUGUGCCCGAUCGAGAUGCUCGAUCCGGCCAUCGCUCACAAGCAAAACAUCGACCUGAUCGUCAUCGACGGAGGCAACCACAGCCUCAACAUGGAGCUGCCGCUAGCAAGGAUGCUGGCACAAGCCAUCGCCGAAUGGUGCCGAGAAAUCUACGCUGCUGAGCUUUCUCCACCUCCUGCCCAACGGCCGGUCCUUCGGGGGCUUUUGUCCAUGGUUCAGUCCGAAACUGGGGGCGAGCGAGAGCCGCAACUGAGCUGGGAUGUGGAUCUGCUGGAUAUUUCCUCCAGACAGAAGCGGAAGCGAUCUCGUGGCGAUCGGAUCAUCUCGUGAAUCUGCAAGCCGACUCGACCAUCGACUCACAACUUGCACGGCCAGAAAAGAU